AUGUCGUCGUCAGCCACCCUGGACCUGGGCGCCGAGUCUCAACUGUCCGACAAGAAGGCUGUGAGAACACAACUGCACAGCCUGCUUUCUUCAUUGCCAUCCGAUCACGUCCAACGCCAAUCCAUCAAUGCCACAAACCUGCUUCUGUCGUUGCCCGAGUAUCAGAAUGCCCGUUCCAUUAGCAUUUUCAUGAACAUGCCUCGAGGUGAAAUCGACACCUCGAUUCUUACCGCCCAUGCUCUAUCUUCAGGGAAGCGUGUCUUUGUGCCUUACAUCUACAAGCCCAAGCAGCCUCGUUCAGAUAACCUACCUGCUUCCAUCAUGGAUAUGCUGCAGCUAGCUGAUGAGAACGACUACGCCUCGCUUCAGCCUGACAAAUGGGGCAUUCCAUCCAUUCCAAAAGACACCGUCUCAACACGUGCAAACUCAUUUGGAGGAAAAGGCCGCAGUGAUGGAGAUUCACCAACUUCAGACGCACAAGAUCUCGACGUCAUCCUCAUGCCCUGCAUGGCCUUUGAUCAACAUCUCAACCGUCUGGGUCAUGGUAAGGGCUACUAUGACAACUAUCUCACACGGCAUUGCUCGGCAAAGACAGCAGAUGGACAGAACAGAAGGAAACCAUUUUUGGUGGGAUUCGCCCUUGCUGAACAAAUGAUUCCUUCGCAAUAUCGUCUGCCGGUUGAUCCAUGGGACUGGAAGGUAGAUGCGGUGGUGCUCGGAGAUGGCGGGUCAGAGGCCAAAUUGGUAAGGGCGUGA